AUGGGAUCCGACGGCUCGGAGCACGGUGAACCAUCGAGGCACUUGGACAUACCCGGCGACAACGAGCGACGAGAUCGUACGAAAGACAGUCGCAGUGAUGGCAGAAGCAGGCGCAGGUAUGGAGAGUCACAUCGGCUAGACAAAGAGGUUGGUUAUUGGGGUGAUACAAAGGGCGGAGCGAGGGACGAAGUCGAUAGGCGCGACCGAAGGCCCCGGGGAAACGACGAAGACAAUCAAGGUGAUAGCAUCGACCAGCACAGACGACAUCGAAGUGAACGAGACCGCCGAAGAUCAAGAUCACGGUCGCCUGGUAGACGGAAACGACACAGGCGGCGCGACUCGCCACAUAAUCAUAGCCACCAGAAACGCGAGCCGACAGACCCUGGGCAAAGAGAGUACCGGGUACAGAAGAGACACUCGCACGACGGGCGACACGGCAGGCAUGGCCGGGAUGAGGAUGACGACCAGUGGGGGCAGCAGCUGCAUGACUUUGAUGACAGUGCAGACAACGGCGGCAGCGAGGCCAAUAGGGAGCGUAAGACAAACCAGUCGGCCAAGCAGAGCGGGCCGUUGCCUGACCAGGCGUCGUCGUUUGCUAUGGCCGAAGGCGGCGAGAUUCCCAAGCCUCCCAAGGAGCAACCCAACUGGGGCACAACGGGGACGUUGGCAGCCGCAUCCAAUGCAGUGGCGCAGGAUGACGGCUCCGUCAUCACCCUCAAAUACCACGAGCCUCCUGAGGCGCGGAAACCUUCGCCACGCGACCAGUGGAAACUUUUCGUGUUCAAGGAUGAUGCUAUCGUUGACACGAUCGACCUCGGCACACGCAGUUGCUGGCUAGCGGGACGCGAUUCCGCGGUGGUGGACCUGCUUGCGGCGCACCCGAGCAUUAGCAAGCAGCACGCGGUUCUGCAGUUUCGCUUUGUGGAGAAGCGGAACGAGUUUGGCGACCGUAUUGGCCGUGUGAAACCAUACCUCCUGGACCUGGCCAGUGCCAACGGAACUAGGUUGAACCACGAAGAGGUGGCUACGCAGCGGUAUGUCGAGUUGCAGGACAAGGACAUGGUUCAAUUCGGACACAGUGCGCGCGAAUAUGUUGUGAUGCUUGCGCCGAAGACGUGA